GUUGAAAAUAAAGUUCUGGCUAGAAACCAUGCCGUCUUUCUCCAGUUCAGAAACAGAGCCCAAAAUUGCAAAGGAGGCACACAGCAAUCAAAGUUCUCACAAUGACACUGGAAAUGAAAUGAAAGAAUUAAUUAAAAUGGAUGAACAGGAGCACAAAGUCCUGAAGACACAAGCUGUGCCAUUGAAACCCAAAAUUCCGAAAGUUCCCAAGAAAAUGAAACCAAAAUUUCCAGCUCCAAUGGACAAGGGAAAGGAAAACCAUGCACAGCAUGAAGACAAACUGACCCAUAAAAAGAAACGAAAGAAAAAUGCAGAUAAAUUGAAAAAGGCCAAUGCUGAUGAAACAAAACCAAUAUCUUCAGACUGUAAUGGACCUAAAAAAGCCAAAAAGGCUCAGGGUCCCCCUGCGGUGCCUAGCCGUAGUUAUACAGACCAAGAAUGGGAGGAGGUGUUUGAAGCAGUUCUCACCAGAGUUCUAGAUAACGAUGGAGAAGGCCAAAAGAAAGCAGAAGUGGAGAAAGUAAUGAAAGUUGAACUGGAUGAUUUUGAUGCACUUCUGGAGAUGGCAGACUGGCCACCCUGCCAAAGUCACCCCUUCCCCAAAACUGACCAGUGGAGGAGGGAGUGGUCAGCAGCAGAUGGACGUCCCAGCCCCCAUACUGGACCCUGGCGAGGACAGCAAUGA